CCGAGUACCGUGCUGGUAUACGCAAUAAAAGUUUCUAACUAGUAUGUUAAAUGAAUCUUUAAUAUCUUUAAGAUUGCGUGUAAAUUACCAGGAAUUCAAUAGCAAUGGAAACUAAUACAUUGGUACUUCCAACACCAAGCACAAUCAGUAAAAUCUAUAGCGACUUGGGUACUUCUGAGACACAAAUAGAUCUAGACGUGAAACUUCUAAAAGAAUGGAUGCGAAAACAGCCUCACCUUCCGAACCCAGACGAUGCGGGAAAGAUAAUAGAUGAAAAACGAAUCAAAAUGUUUUUGAUCAUGUGCAAGAAUAGUUUGGAGAAAACCAAAGUAAAGUUGGACCAGUAUUACUCUAUAAAGGUCUUAUUACCAGAAUACUCCUCUAAUUUGGAUCCGACUUCUCCAGAGAUACUUCAAGCAAUGAAAAUAUGUUCCAAUGUUCCGUUACCAAACCCUACACAUGAAGGCCACAGAGUUAGCGUGUUUUGUCUUAGAAAUGAAGAUGUCGAUAAAUAUGUGUUUAAUGACGCGGUUAAAUUGUGUGCGAUGACAUUUGAUCUGAGAAUCGCCAAGUUAGACAGCUUUAAUAAGAAUAUAUUCAUAUUUGAUUCGAACAAUUGUUCAAUGAAUCACGUAACAGCUAUGUUACCCAAUACUAAGAAAUUAUUUGGAAGUGCAUUUGUGGCAUACCCUAUUCGGAUACAUGAAAUACAUGUAAUCAAUCAUAAAAGUUUCCUACAACCAUUAACUAAUAUAUCAUUAAAGCUUGUAAAAAAAAAAAUUGCCGACAGGGUGUUUUUUCACAAAUCCAUUGAAGAAUUGAAAAAUUACAUUGAUCCUAGUAUUCUUCCACCUAACUACGGAGGAACUUUUCCAAAAACGUUGGACGAAAUAAUAGAUGAAUGGCAUAAUGAGUUGAUAAGGCACCGAGAAUGGCUAAUAACCCAAUCGACAAUUGUUGCAGAUAAUAGUAAACGGCCAAAAAAUUCCAAUAACAUCUUGGAUAGUACUGGAAACGCAAUCGAAGGCUCUUUUAGGACAUUAGAAGUGGAUUAGUUAUGAUUCAAUACUCAGUUAAUAUAAGUUUGCUAUUUUGUCAUGAAACCAUUAUGCAUAUGAUGAAGAUUUCUUGACAACAUAAUUGUACUAUCGUUUACUUAAAAUCUAUUUUUCUAAUCGAAAAAUAUUUCUUAAAUACCAUUUUUUCUCAUUAUUUAUGUCCAAUUUAGAUACAAUGUUAACAUUAAUUACUUCUUUGUAAUAAAAUAAAUGGAGGUGUAUGUUUUAUAUGGUACGUAUACCCCCAUUUGUUAUAUUUUGUCUUAUUUUUGGGGAAAAAAGUAAUUGUACGUUAUGAGGUGAAAUUAUUAUUUGAUGUUGUUAUUUAAAUUUAAGUUACUACGUUAUUUUCUUGUAAUAAAACAAAUGGUGGUACAUACGAUA